CUUCCAUUUUCUUUCUGUUUUUUAAUCACUGUCAAUAUUUGAAUUUUCUAGGGUAUUUUUGAGAUAUUACUGAUCUCUUUUCUUGUUAUUGGUAGCAUGGUUUUGUUUUGAUUCAGCUUCUAAUGUUGAUUUUGUAUUUUUUUUUUGUACACUGUGGGGUUCUUAUGUUGUAGAAUGAUAAUGUUUUUUUCUUCAUCAUUUUUUUUUUCUGUAUGCAUAAGCAUAAGAAGGGUUUGGAGCUAUUGUAGCAAUCUUUCUCAAUGGUCAUUGCCCCUGAAAAAACACUUUUUUUUUUUUACCUUUUGCAUUUGGGGUUGAUGCAUUGAAGUAAACAUCGCUUGGGGUUAUUUCAAAACUUUACCUUUGAAUUUGAUAUACAUCCGUGUGACAUGUUCGUCAAAGUAUAAAUCUUUUUCUCGUAUGAAAAUGGUUGGUGUAUUGAGAUAAUGCUGAGGAAGAGGAGCAGAUCAAUCCAGAAAGAUCAAGAGCACACUGGCCAAAUGGCAAGCUCUGAUACCAAUCAUGAGUCCUAUUCUCAGUCUCAUGUUUUGGGGAGCAAUGCCAAAAGCAACUCAAUUUUCAAUGCCCCUCUUCUGUUUGUGGGAAUGGGUCCUAAGGGCUUGUUGGAUUCUGAUUCAGUCAAGAGCCCCACUUCCCCACUUGAUUUUUCAUUCCUUUCAAAUCUAAGUAACCCCUUUAGAACCCCAAGUUCAUUGUCCAAUGAGGGACAACAAAGGAGCUGGGACUGUGCCAAAGUAGGUCUAAGUAUUAUAGAUUCUUUGGAAGAAUGUUCCAAGUUUUCUGGGAAAAUUCUCCAGGCCUCAGAGAGUAAGAAGACUAGUCUCAGACCCCAAAUGAUUACUAAAUCCCCAAGCUGUAAAUCCUAUGUGGAUUCUCCUAUGGCUUCUAAAUCUUUACCUAAAGAUUUUUGUAAGAUUCCUUGUGCUCAAAAUGGUUCUUUUUUACACAAGGAUGAGUCCAGUGUUCUUUUUGAGAUUGGAGAGACCCUACUAGAAAAUGAGUCCUUUUGUAAAACUGUGUCUUCUUCAUUGGACUCAUACAGUCCAAUUAAAAAUAUGUCUGUUUUAACUGGUUCCAAAUUUGAUUCUAACUCUGAGAAUUUUGCUUUGAACCAUAUAAGCUUUUCUCCUCAUUUUAUUGGAAAAAGCCAAAACAAAAACUCUUUGCUACCUGCAGAAUUGAAUACAAACCGUGUAGCUGCAGCAUCUUCUGAUGAAUUUAUGAAUUCUCUAUCAGCUAGUGAAAUUGAACUCUCUGAGGAUUACACCUGUGUAAUUUCCCAUGGUCCUAAUCCGAAAACAACCCAUAUUUUCUGUGACUGCAUUUUGGAAACUCAUGCUAAUGAUUUUAAAAGUAAUUGUAAGAAAGAAGAGGAGGGUAAGGGGUUGCCCAUUUUCAAUCUUAACAUGUUGAAUACUCACAACCAGUAUCCUUCUGAUGAUUUCUUAAGUUUCUGUUACCAUUGCAGCAAGAAAUUGGAAGAGGGGAAAGAUAUUUACAUAUACAGAGGUGAAAAAUCAUUUUGCAGUGUUAGCUGCCGAGAAAUAGAGAUGAUGAUUGAUGAAGAGUUAGAGAGUUUCAAUUCAUCAGUUGAAAACUCUCCAAAGUGGAAAUUUGGAGGGGAACUUUUUGAAACAUAGAGACUUUUCCUGCCAUUGAAACCUAGUCCAUGAAGCAAGCAUAUGCAGCCGAUCAUCUGUUCUAAAAGAGCUGUUUUUGUUAACAUCUAUUGGCAGCCAUGGAUGAUUGUUUUGUACAUCACUGCGUUUGCUGUUUGUUUUUCAGCUUUCAUGGUCUUUGGUGGAUCAUGGCUCUCUACAGCUACUAGAUUUGAUUUCCAUAUAUAACAACAUAUUUGUAUGGUAUGACAAUAUAGAUAGGUUAAGCUUAAUUUUUCAUACAAAAAUAUCAAGGGUUUAGCUCAUUUUUCUUGGCUUGCCCCUUGUUGAAGUUGCUUUGGUAUAUCUAUACUAUGUCAAGAAUCAGUGUAUGCCAAUUCAAACAGUUUUUGACUUGAAGAUUAUACUACUAUUUGUAGUUCAUAUGACAUUGUGUCCUUUGUUUUGGAUUGUUAAUUGAAAAUUUAAUUAUUUGGUCUGUUUUGCA